CAAAAAUCCGAGCCAUUGCGCAGCCUACAGCGGGUUAGCGCUCUAAUAAAAGCCACAUUUCGUGCUUACAACGACCCAGCACAGCCAUGCGAGCACUGCUGUUGCUCGCCGCGAGCGCUCGCGCGCUGACAACCAGCAGCAGGCGGCGUUUCGGCCUCGGUGCCGCGAGUGCCGCAAGCGCUGCAGCACUAGCGCCCGCCCAGCCCGCAGCCGCAGCGGUACGCGAGGGCUCGACGAAGUCCGGUCUAAGAUUUAGAGUCGAGGUCGAGGGCUCCGGCGACACACCAAAACGCGGCCAGCAGGCGCUGCUCGAUUACGUGCUACGCGUGGGCGUCGACGGCAAGCCGCCGCUCUACGCUCGUCGCCGCGUCGAACCAUGUCUCUCUCCGAUGCGACGCCAUCGGUGCGAUUUCUUAUCACGCAGGUCGACGGCACCAAACAAACUUUUCCCGCGCGCCCGCAGCAGUUCACGCUCGGCGUCGGCGCGCAGAUCCCCGGCUUCGACGAGGCCGUGCUUGACAUGAAGGUCGGCGAGACGCGGACCGUGAUCGUGCCGCCCAAGUUGGGGUACGGCGCAAACGGUACCGAGGGUUUCGACGACAAGAUUCCCAAGGACGCGACGCUGAUCUACACGCUGGAGUUGAAGUCACUCUUGCCGUUCGCUCCUACGGAUGCUCAGCAGAAGUGGAUUGCGGACCACCCGAACCCGUGGGAAAUGUAGUAGUGAUC